UAGCGGACGUGUCUGGGAACAGCUGCUCGUCUCCACGCUGAGCUCUUGUGUUUGUUUUACAACAAAUGGCUUUGAACUUAACUUCUAGACUAUUGACUCACCGACUGAAGUCAUGUCAGGUCGCCUUCAGUUCGGUAAGCAGCAGCGGCAGAUUGUCGGUGCAACACGACCGAGACAACCGGCGCUUCACCGUCACUCCAGGCAGCGGCGCCGAGGCCCAUGAAUGUGCGGUGCUGCACUACAGGUUCACCGGGACCAAAGAGGUGGAUCUGAUGUCCACCUUCGUACCCGAGACGUUCAGAGGUCAAGGUGUGGCGGCGCUGCUGUCACAGGCUGCCAUGGACUUUGUGAUUGAAGAAAACUUGAAGGCUCACAUUUCCUGUUGGUACAUAAAGAAAUACAUCGAAGAAAACCCACAGCAGCAGUAUAAAGACCUCGUUAUCACUUGAUUGUUUUUCCACUAUAGGCUGGACUACUACCUCUUGUACAGGCCAAAUGUUGGACCUCAGACAGGAUUUCAAUUAUUCCGUGUGAUAAAAUUGCAUAUUUCAAGAAUCCUAAAUAUAAUUUGAAGUAUAUUUGAGUAAAAUAACUCAAACUCAUGUUAAUUUUGCUAUUAAACUGCCAAAUGAUGCUUAUUUUUAUAUCAGAUUGUACUUUUUCAAUGUUGUGUCAAUGUGGAUGUUGCCAACGUUGCUUCUUUUUUUUUGUAUUUAAUUAAAUCUAAUUUAUUAAAG